CGGUCCGUUUCUUUCCUUCGCUCAAAGGCUCCUAUCUCUCUUAUUUCCUCACAAGAGUCUCACCCACCUUUCACACCCAUCUUUCGCGUUCCCUCACUUUCUCUCCCAAAUUUUCCCGGGAAUCUCGACGCGCCCCAAACGCUGCUCCUCUCCUCCUCACUCGAUCUCCGACACGCCUCCGAUUCCCGAUUCGUCCCAAUCAAUGCACUUUGCCUGAGCUUAGCUGAGCUGUGUAUUUCAACUAUGGAAAACGGCCACGUAGAGAAUGGAGUGUGCUCCUCCGAAUUGGUUAACGGAGGCCGCGACAUAUGGAGCUGUAAGGACUCUGAUUCUUCGUCGGCUGAUCAUCUCGUUGUAAUGGUUCAUGGAAUCCUCGGCAGCACCAAGGAUUGGAAGUUUGCAGCGGAGCAGUUUGUCAGAGUGCUCCCUGAUAAAGUGUUUGUUCAUUGUAGUGAACGAAAUGAGUCUAAAUUGACUCUAGAUGGUGUGGAUGUUAUGGGAGAGCGAUUAGAAAAGGAGGUCCUUGAAAUGAUUCAGAGAAAGCCAAACCUAUCAAAGAUCUCCUUUGUUUCACAUUCUGUGGGAGGACUAGUCGCAAGAUAUGCAAUUGGGAGAUUGUAUAGACCACCUAAGAGAGAAAAUAUAGAGGAUUCUUCUACUAAUAAAUGUGAAGAGGAUUCAAGGGGUACAAUAGGAGGUUUGGAGGCUAUGAACUUCAUCACUGUUGCUACACCUCAUCUUGGUUCAAGGGGUAAUAAGCAGGUGCCAUUUCUUUUUGGUGUACCUGCUUUUGAGAAAGCUGCAAAUUGUGUUAUUCAUUUGAUAUUUAGGAGAACAGGUCGGCAUCUUUUUCUCAAUGAUGAUGAUGAAGGGAAGCCUCCAUUGCUUAAACGUAUGAUAGAAGAUGAUGGUGACCGUUAUUUCAUGUCUGCAUUGCGUACAUUCAAAUGUCGGGUGGCAUAUUCAAAUGUGGGCUAUGACCAUAUCGUGGGCUGGAGAACAUCAUGUAUUAGGCGUAAUAGUGAUCUGCCAAAGUGGGAAGAUUCUCUUAAUGAAAAAUAUCCGCAUGUUGUAUAUGAAGAACACUGCAAGGCUAAUGAUGAUGAGCAGUGUGAGCCUCCUUCAAUUGAAAACAAGGGCUCGGACAAGCUAGAAGAGGAACUUGUGACAGGCCUAUCUCGCGUGUCAUGGAAAAAAGUAGAUGUUAGCUUUCACAGCAGCAGGCAGAGGUUUGCUGCUCAUAGUGUCAUUCAGGUCAAAGACCAAAGCAUGCAUAUAGAAGGUGCAGAUGUCAUACAGCAUAUGAUUGAUCAUUUUCUCUUAUAGAAGCCUGACUCCUAGAAGUAAACGCUUGGCUGACAGAGAUUCGAGGUUCUCUCAGGUUGAAGGCGAUUAAUUCUCUCACUACACAGCAAAGUCUACUUAAAUUGUGCUAUGCAAGUAGUUAAAGAAAUUUUGUUUAUUUGUUAUCCUUUUGUAAUGUAUAUGUAGAGGCACAAUCAAUAAACAUAAAUUGUGCAUUUCAUAUCUCGAUUAAUUCUAUUAAAAUGAUAUUUUGAUUUUACUUUUGUUUUCAUA